ACAACUCUUCACACGAGGGUGGGAUCCAAUGUGUGAGGUCCACCCUCAUGUGAGGGGUUGUUAUGUGGUUAUUGUGUUAGUGUUGUAAAUUUAACAUUUUCCUUCCCAAAACAAAUAUAUCCCUCCGGUUCUUACUCUCUAAGCCAAGCAACACAGAAACCCGAUUUUGAUGGCCAAGGAAUUGCCGGAAGACUUGGUGACAGAGAUUCUGGUAUGGCUUCCGGUCGUCUCUCUAUUGCGAUUCAAGUGCGUCUGUAAAUCCUGGUACGCACUCAUUACUCACCAGAACUUCAUAAGAAAACAUCUCCUACACAACAACAACAACAGCAGUGCCCUCCUUCUCCUUCAAACCUCCGAAGAUUAUGUUGUAUCCACGUUUUCUUAUGAAACACUCCAAGUGCCCCUUACACAACCUGUACCUCCACUGUAUUUUGAGAUGCGUUUUGGGAUGGAUGAGUUUUAUGUCGUGGGUUCUUGCAAUGGUCUCGUUUGUCUCCAUGCUAACUAUGGAUUAUAUGUUGUUAUAUGGAACCCUGCAACUAAAGAAACAAAGGUUGUCGCCAACUCAAGCCUGCUCCGAUUCCCCGCCUACUAUCGCAUUGAUGGUAUCGGAUUUGGUUUUGAUGCGAAAACUAAUGACUACAAGAUACUCAACAUUCUUAGUCUCUAUGAUGACCCAGAUUCAAUUCGAAAUGAAAAGAUUGUCCAAACUGAGGUAUAUAGCUUAAGUGCUGAUUCUUGGAGAAAAGGCGAUAGCCCCCCAUGUUUUAUUUGUAGUAGUUUAAGAGGUAUGGAUACAUACAUCAAUGGGGUGGCUUCUUGGGAGGCAUCUGUUGACGAUUGGAAGGGUAUUCUGUCAUUUGACAUGAGCGACGAGGUAUUCCUAAAAACACAACUGCCCGGUGAUGUUUUGAAUGAUAGUGGGAGACAUUUUUUCGUGUUGAAUGAAUCGAUUGCUAUGACAGUUACUAUAUGUUCUGAAGAUGAUAUGUAUAUUAUAGAAAGUUCAGAGGUUUGCUUUGAUAUAUGGUUGUUACUUGAAGUUGGUGUUAACGACUCAUGGACUAGGCUUUUCACUAUUGGACCAAUUACAGGCAUUACACGACUGUUAGGAUCUUGGAAGAAUGACAGCAUUUUCUUCGAAAAAUAUUACAGACAGCUGGUCUUGUAUGACCCCUCUACCAAAGAAAUUACUGAUCUCAAAGUUGGUGAUGGACACAUAGUCUCGUGGCAGAUCAUUACUUACACGGAGACCUUAGUUUCUGUCAAGAGAGGACGUGAAGUUGAAGAGCAGGACAAUUGUUGACAAUGCCUGAGGGCCAUCUUUCUAUAUCUGUUCCAAGUGUGUUUCAAGAUGUGUUGAGAUAAUAUAUUUUUGCUUAUUCUUGUCAAAUAUUUAUGCACUUACAUUUGACCUGUAACUAUCUCUCUUGGAGCAAUGGUGAGAGAUUUUUAAGAUUAAAGAAGCAGGAGUACAAGGGUUCUUCACAUGAUCUUUCUUUUUACAUAUCAUGCAGAAUUAUUUUUUCAUUGUCCCUUAUGUUUAGUAUUUCUUAUAUUUGUUUUAUAUAUAUAUAUUUCUUUCAUGCUGUUUCAUAGCUAGCAA